GUCCCCGGCCCGCCUAAAGACUACGACUCCCGGCGUGCCCUGCGGCCCAGGGCCUGAAGGGCCCGGAUCCGGAUCUGCGGUGGCUUGCAGCUCGGGUGUGCGAGUGCCGGGGAGAUGGCCACGGGGACAGACCAGGUGGUGGGACUCGGCCUCGUCGCCGUUAGCCUGAUCAUCUUCACUUACUACACCGCCUGGGUGAUUCUCUUGCCAUUCAUCGACAGCCAGCAUGUCAUCCACAAGUACUUCCUGCCCCGAGCCUACGCUGUCGCCAUCCCUCUGGCUGCCGGCCUCAUGCUGCUCCUGUUUGUGGGACUGUUCAUUACCUACGUGAUGCUGAAGAACCAGAAAGUGACCAAAAAGGUUCAGUGAAGGCCCAGCAGGGCUGAGGCUGCUGGCCCUUCCUCUGCCUCCCCUCCAAAGGUGGGGUGCAUAGGACCCAUCCAGGCACUGCAGCCCCCUCCAGCCUGGCUGCCCUGCAGACAUCCCCGUGGGAUGGAGCUGUUUGGGACGUACCACACAGGCCUGCUCCUUCCCUGCUCAACCUUCCAGAAGCCAGGAGGGAGGAUUACCUGGAAACCUCCCCCUCACCCCUUUGUGGCUCAGGGCCUGAAAGAUGCCGGUCAUCCCUACCUCACCUUCAGACUCCCUGUUGCCUUUUCCCCUGGGUUCUACCCUCUUGUUUCAGUUUCCUUCCUGUCACCUGCUGAUGUUGGACCUGGUAGGUUCCGAGGCAUCAUGCGACCUUUCCCCACAUGUCCUGCUCCUCCUCGGAGACAGCUUUCCCGGGUCUGACAUAGCCCCGGGCCCCACAAAGCCUAAGCGGAGAACUGACAGGCUCUGGGGUUACCACCAGGCCUCAGGGUCCUGGGAGUGGAUGGCCACAGUGGGCCCCCAGACCAACUGCUUCUCAUAGAGACCCAGCCCGCCAGCCCUAGCGCUGGCCUCUUGGGGAGAGCUGAACAAUAAACACUGAUGAUGUGUUUGUCUCUGUGCC